GAUAUACAUCUGUAAAAAUUUAAACUGUCUAGCUCAUCAGAUACAGCCUGGUGUCAAACGGAGAACGAGACAGACAGAAAUGAGUUUUUAUAAAUGGGUCUGCCAUUUUUUGGAACCCUUACGAAUUGCAAAAUAAACUGUCCAUACACUAGAUAAUGACUAGAUGAAACGUAUCUUUUGUGUUCUAAUUUCAAUUUUCAAUAUCUUACUGUGGGGAUGAUCACAAUUCAAUAAACGGAGCCAUGAUGUAAAGGUUUUAUUUUUUAACGAAAAAAUUUAGGUAACUAUUUUGAUGAGCCCAAGAUCUCAUACCAAACUAAGUGUGACUGCUUGUUAAUCUUAAACAAUGAUAUUUUUUCAUCAUAAAAGUAUUAUAUAUAACUAGUUUAGACUAGGAUAUAAAUCUAAACAUACAGACAGACAACAUUUUCGUUACUAUACACAUACCUGAAUGAAUGUACAACUACCUCCCACCAAAACGUCCUUGCAAUGCAAACAUUAAAAUUAUAAUACCUACUUAUACUCAGCACAAUUAUUUUAGUUUAUUAUUCUUUCAAACCUUAUGAAGUUCGUACGCGUAACAUGUUAUUAAUAUAUUUUAUUUCUGUGUUCUGUGGAGUGCGGGCCGCGAUCUACUAUGACUCUUACAGCGGGUCCACUAUUACAGCUGAACGAGUGAAGCAACAUGAUAAAGCUAACACUACAUUUUGGUGUGUUAACGAGAUAGAGCCAUGUGAUCCCAAUGAAGGCAGGCGGGUGGACGGCUCCUGCAACAACUUGCAGUACCCAAGCCGAGGAGCUAGUCAUACACCGUUCGCGAGAGCCCUGCCACCAGUCUUCUCAGCAAAUUUUGAGCCAAAGAAAGCAGCGGAUGGCUCCGACUUGCCCCUAGCGAGGUUCCUGAGAACCAGCCUCGUGUCAGUCGGACGGAUCCCCAGUCAGAUGUUCACGGCGCUGGCGAUUCACGACUUCGUGUUCAUGUCCGCUGACAUCGUGUCUCUUCAUGAUACAGUGAACUACAUAGUCUGGAAGCCCUACUGCUGUGCCGAGAGAGGCAAGACUGAUUACAUGUGUGUACCAAACCAGAUCCCUCCAGAUGACCCCGUGCACCGCUUCUCCGGCCAACGUUGUCUUAACAUGACAAGACCAGAGACCUUCCAAACUAUUGGCUGCAUUAAAAAUAAUACAUCACCUGAGAGAAUUGUAUCAUCAACUCCUCUACUAGACUUGUCAGUUAUAUAUGGCAACGCGUUACAAAGUCUUCUGCGACGAGGCAGACUGUUCGAAGGAGGCAUGUUGAAGUUUGAAGAAGAAAACGGAAGAAUAUGGCCGCCCAAGUACCCAACUAACGGUCACCUCAUUUGCUUAUCGAAUCAAAGGCCUCAGGAGACAAGAUGUCAUCUUAUGCCCGAGGAUGGCGGCAACACUCUAGGCGGUAUCAAUCUCAUGUCAAUUUGGUUCUGGAGACAUCACAACUUCAUCGCUAAAAACCUAGCGGCCGUCAACCCUUGUUGGACCGAUGACAAAUUAUUCGAGACAGCCAGAGACAUCAACAUUGCUGUCGCUUUACAAAUAUAUUACUACGAACUGUUGCCUGUUUUCUUCGGAUAUGACAAUAUGGUGAAGGAUGGUGUGAUAACUCCUACCGGUGGGUUUAGGGACGUUUACGAUCCCAAUGUGAUGCCUCAAGUGUCUUUGGAAUAUCCUUUCGUUCUGAGAUGGGUACACACUAUUCAGAAUGGGCUCAUAAAAAUGUACGAUAAAGACGGUUACUACAUGAAACAGGUGCCAGUCGUCAACUUAACAUUGAGAACUGGUUAUUUUGCGCUGGAUGACAACCUCGAUCUUAUGACACAAGGAAGCUUCAGACAAGGAAGUGACAAUGUUGACUACACUGCUGAUUUUGAUAUCACAGAGAUUGGCUUGGGACCUCAGCAAUAUCUUUCAGACUUGAUGACCAGUGACCUUGCUAAGAACAGAUUGUUUGGCUUCCAACCUUACGUUAAAUACAGAGAGUUCUGUUUUGGCAAUAAAGUAAAGAGCUUUGAUGAUCUACAUGGUUCCAUUGACCCAGAGAGAAUAGAAAUUCUGAAAGAUGUUUACAAGAGCGUGGAAGACAUUGACCUUUUGGCUGCGAUCUGGGUAGAAAAGCCAUUGAGAGGAGGUUAUGCUCCACCAACGUUCUACUGCCUUGUAAUAGACCAACUAAGACGCAACAUGGUUUCUGAUAGACAUUGGUAUGAAAGACCGAACAGGCCAAAUGCGUUUACAGCCGCACAACUGGCAGAAAUCAGGAAAGCCACUAUCGCGCGUCUCCUGUGCGAUGUCGGCGACACGGUCACGAGAAUCCAGCCGCGCGCCUUCCUGAAAGCCGGUUACAAUAAUCAAAUGUGCAACUGUAAUGAAAUAAACGGAAUUAAUUACGCCGCCUGGAAGGACGCUACUUGUGAAGUUGAAUCGUUUUGGUCCAAAUUCGUCUACUGAUGCUGAUAGCGACAGUGUGUGUACAUAAUACGAAGUCAUGGAACUGGUUUGAAAAAGGAGUCGUUCAGAUUGGAAUGUUUAAAAUACUUCAAUUCUUCAACUGUUUUCAACUGGUAUAAUAUUUUCUUGGCAUAUUUUGACUGAUAGAGGAAUAAAUAAAUAUUUAUGAUUGGUA